UAACAGAUUCUUUUGGAGAUACCAAAUCUUGGUCCUCUUCUGGUUCAGUGGGAUUUAAAGGAUGCUGCGCACUCGUGUCAUCACCGGUGAUGAGUCAAUUGAUGAAUUGCCGAAAGUGCCAGUCGCUCGAGAUUCAUCGCGUCGAGGUGGAGAGGCGGAGAAGCGGAGAGAAGCGGAGAGAAGCGGAGAAGCGGUGAAGGGGCGGGAAAGCCGGAGACUACGAGAACGGGUCCGUCAAUGCGUUGUCUUUGACUUCCACGUGGAAGAAUGGAAGAUUAAGGAACUUGGACAGGGGCGUUCUGCAUGAAGAGUAGUGGAGCGUGGAACGGAGUGGCACUCUGCAGGGCGAGUAGUUGAGUGUGGAAGAGGAAGGAAUGCGGUCAGGGGUUGCGGAAACAUGCUGUGGUUCAUGGCAGCAAAUGGAAAGUGAAGGCUUAUUUGCUGUUCACGAGCGACACACUAGUGCUUGGGAGCCUGUCUCAUCUCCAUGAUGAUUGUGUGUUCCUCGGAGACCAGAAUUCUCUCUGGGUCUGAGUACCAGUGAUUUGAGGCCAAUGGGAUGCU